AAAAAAAAGUGAGAAACCUUUUGUAUCCGGGGUCCUUUAUCAAAAGAUUUACGAGACGCCAAACUGUUAGGGCAGUAAUUAUAGCCCCCAUAAAUUUAAUUGCCCUGCAGUGGCUCUGGGCCAUGUGUCUUUGAAGCUUUUCUUCUAACCCAAAUGCCCAUCACCAUUUUUUAUUGCUCCUCGAUUGUCCCCACUGUCGAUAGGCUGGGAAACAAUUUUUCUUGCCGUUUACGUAUCUUAUGUGAACCCGGUGUCAAGUUAUUAUAUAAUGAUUAUGUUCCAUCCCUUCCCUUCUCCUUCUUUCCCCUCCGCGUGUGUAUGUGUGUGCCUGUUGUGCACGUUUCAGUAAACCCCAAUUACAACGGAGGGGAGCCCAAGAGGUCUCGCACUGCCUACACCAGACAGCAGGUCCUGGAGCUGGAGAAGGAGUUUCACUUCAACCGCUACCUGACCAGAAGGCGACGCAUCGAGAUCGCGCACACCCUCUGCCUCUCCGAGCGCCAGGUCAAAAUCUGGUUCCAGAACAGGCGCAUGAAGUGGAAGAAAGACCAUAAACUGCCUAACACAAAGAUGCGUUCCUCAAACCAGUCCACACUGAGCCAGCAGUCCAAAGCACAGACACAGGGCCAUCCCCAUCCGCUCGAUGGGGCUACACCCAACGCAGCUGCGCUAUAAAUACGGUUUUUGCUUUGAGUCUUUUUGGUCCUUUUUUGUUUGGUUGGCUUUUUUGUUGUUGUUGUUGUUGUCGUUUUUUAA